AUGAGCUCAGAUACCUCAUCAAGCAAGAACUCUUCAGAUAGCAUAAAGGAUGGAUUAGAUUUGAUCAGGAAUAAUAAGAGAGAUCCCAGCUUGAACAUUGAAAGUUUCCGAAUUCUUAAAUUCAACAAAAAGAAAUCUAGAAUGGCAAGAGUGCCUACUUCCAAGAACCCUAAUUCGUUAGAUGAGGAUGUAGGAAGCAAUAAAACUCGGAGACAAAGUACGACUGAUUGAAGAAAGCUCUCUCUUCUCAGCCAUGCCAAGAAGUAUUAAGACAAGGAAAUAAUCCUCCUAAAGCUCAAGAUGAUUUUGGGAAGCAAUGGAAACUUAGUGAUAUUGAUAAUUUCAUGAGUGAGAGAACUAGACAAAUCGUAGAACCAAAUUCGCCUUUUAAAUAACUAUGCUAAACAUGACUAUGUGAAAUUCUUUGAAAAAUUACCUUCAGAAGAUAGCUCAGGUCUGAGUAAAUCUAUGAGAGCUGAUAGUUUAUUUGGAUAUCAUAUGAAAGAAAUGCAGAAUAGAGAUCAAAUGGAUAGCAAAGAUUUCCUGACCUCUUUAACCAAGCCUAAAAAGCUUAAUCUCGAUAAGAUUUCAGAUCCAACUGUGAACCUAGCAAGGCAUCGAUUAUUGGUAUCAAAGUUAAGGCAAGAGAACAAAGAACUGAGAGAGCAUAUCAAGGUCAUUAAAGAAGCUCAGAAAGUAGAAAUCAAAAAUAUACAAACAGCUUUAAGAAUAGAGAUUGAAAAGGAGUUUGAAAUCAGAGUUCAAAGGAUGGCCGAGACUCUCAAGUUAGCUCAACAUGGAGCAAAAACGAUCAGAGACCCUGAAAUAAUAGACAUGCAGAACCAAAAGACAAUUGAGAAACUGGCACAGUUUAUAGUCUACCAAGAAUUACGAUUUAAUGAUAUCAUUCACAAGAUCAGAAUGGACCUCAUAGAUGAGGCCAGGGAAAUUGCCCUUGAUCCAAGCUCAGCCAUUUCAAAACUCAUCACGGAAGGAGCCAUCAAGGAGCAUGACUUCGAUUUCAGAAUUGACAAUAUUAAUAGUGACAUCAAAACCUUUUCUGAUGCAUAUAAUCGGUAUAUUGAAGCUAUUAAGAGGAAGAAAUUAACCAAGAGAAAGGAUAGGAAAGCCAUUGCUAAAGACAUUAAGACUUGGAGAGGUCUUAGAGAAAUUAUUCCUGAAGUUAUCCCAAUUUCAAACCUCAUUCAGACUAUCAAAACAGGGCGAGCUCGAUUCUUCUUUAACAAAUUGAACUCAAAUUUAAAAGAAGAGGCAACAUUUGAGGCACAAUGGGAACCAAAGAAUGCUCUCAAUGAUGUUCUUACUGAGACUAAAAUAUACAAACUUAAGAUAGAUCAACUCACCGAAGAAAUCAACACAUUAAAAUCUCUCACAGAAAAUUUUAUGGAAGAAAUCGCAGCUAAAGAUGGCAAAAUAUCUACUCUUAAAUAAACAACUAUUCUCUCUUGAAAAUGACAAAAAGGAGAAAAUCACUAACAUUGAACUUCUUCACAAAAGAUAUAAGGAAGAACUGAGAGAACUUGAGGAGGAAAAUCGCACACAAAUUGAUAAAAUUCAAAAAGACUUUGAAAUAGAGCACAAGUUGUGGAAACAGAUUGACAAAAGAAGAAAAAAAUAUGCUAAUUAUCUUGCAAAACAACUUGUACUUGCUAAGAACAUCAUUAAAAGACCCAAGGACAUGAUGAAAAUGACACGAGAGAUGAACUUUAAGAUAAUACAGCACCUUAGCCCAGGCCCAAAGAGCACAGAGAGAAUUAAGAGUUCAAGAAAGGAUAGAAAAACCGUGCUCUCACUGAAUACAUCUCGAACUAGGAUCAACACACAGUUGGAUAGAAAUAUGACACAGAGCAGUAUCAAAUUUGUUAAUUUCAAUUCAUAG